AUGGCCGUGUGGGCCCACUCCUAUGACGGCACACCUGCAUGGACGCCCGCUACGGUGACAGCGGCUCAUGCGCAGCGAGUGACGACCGUACAGACGCACAGAGGGCUCGAGCGUCGCCACCAUAACCAACUCCGUCCUCAGGCCCCUGUCUUGAUUCCACCCCCACCGCCUUCCCUGCUUCCUGGUGCGGACACGUCCCUCGAGGUGGAGCCCUUCCCUUCAACCUCCAUCUCCUUGCCGGCUCUGCAGACACCCCUUCCACCUCUCCAGGGUAUAGAGACGGCUACUGACCCCCUGCCCUCUGGUGACACCUUGAUAGAUGCCACAGACAGUCUGCCCUCCCCUCCCCCAGUGGUCCCUCCGGACGUCUCACAACCCGUACCCUCGUUCCGCCCGCCUCGGCAUCGUCCGGGGCAUUUCCGCCCCUAUGCACCAAUUUCGGGGGGGGAGAGAUCUAGUACCUUCCGCCGCGGAAGUCGAACACGCGGCAGAACAAAUGGACGUGGUCAGCCCAUAGAGGGCUCCGCCUCCGCGGCGGCUAUACCGCGUAGCGGCUCUCGCGCAGCGAGGGCGCCACCACCGACGCCACGUGCAGACAGCGGCCAAUAG